GAUUUUACACAUAAACAAAACAAAUUCCAUGUUAUAAUAUUUAAAGCAAAAUCUAGUGCUCGUGUAAAGUGUUGUAUAUAUGAAUUUUUUGGGUGUAUAUUAAUAUUAAUCAAAAUUACUUGUGUGCAUGUAAAAAGUGUGCAGAAAAAGUUAUCAAAAUUCCCCCUUGAGACCGAAAAAUGGCUCAGAUAACGGAGAAGCGAACAACGACUAAUGGUCGACCGGGGGGAGGAGCUGCCGGAGCCACCAAGGAGAAUAUUUCGAGCCAGCAAAAACAGGCGAUGCGCGGAAAGGGCAUUGAGAUACUCGACUUCCACGAGUCUUGGGCGGAGGAGGUGGAGCUGUACAAGGACAAAAUGGUCAUGUGCAAGCAGCUGGCGCAACACAAUCACAACCAGCAGCCAGGACAUGCCAAACAGUCAGCCGCCACUCAGCGUAGCUCCGCUGGUGCCAGCAGUCGUUCGAUGUCAGUUUCCUCGGCAUCGGCCGCCGCCCGCUCCCCGCCCGCCCCGCAGAAACAGAGAAUCUCACCACCCGCCGCACGUCGACGUUUAGUCACAGAGAAGGUUGCGCCCACAGGUUCCACAGCCAAGAGCACGCAAUCCACGCAGCCCGCGCAGCGCAUUGUAAUCCGUGGCACAUCCGCUGGGGUCAAAGGUACACCCGUGUCCGUGGCCACGGGCCUGCUGCAGUCGGAGCCGUACAAGAAAGUGCAGAUGCUUUUGAAGCGUGCACGAGACGAAGCUUUUGCCAAACAUCUUGCAAACAACAACAACAAUAGCAGCCACAGCAAUGGCAACAGUAAACCAGGCCACGCCGCUGCUACCGCUGCCAUCAAGCGAUCAAGCCUCAGUCCAAGCAGAACCGAAAAGAGCCUCGAACUUGCUGGCAUCAGUCAUGCCAUAUCGAGCAUGUCCUGCACAAGCACACAAACCCUGACGCCUGGCAGCAAGAUUGUUGUUAAUACCUUCCAUGGGAGCAGCCUGCUUGCCCAGCCACAUGACGACAAGAACAAAAUUCUAACACAAAAUGGUCUAACCAAAUCUGCAGCCACGGCACUGGAGACGAGUCUGUAUGCCUCUCUCUAUGCCCAUUCGCCUCUUAACACUGGUGGGAACACCGCCACGCCCAGGAUGAUGUCUGGCGGUGUGGAACAUGCGACAUAUGGGGGCGUGUCACUGAACAAGGCUAAUCACGAUAGUCUAAGACUAAACGAGGAUGAUCCGUGUGCAGACAUUGAUGAAAUUAACAACUACGAUGACUCCGACUCGGAGGAGGAGUAUGUGGGCACACCCUUCUUUCUGGACGAAGACGAAACGGAGACACACCAGAGUCGUCACACGCGCCUGCUGCCCGAGAAGACUGCGUCCAAGGAGUCAAUAGGCUCGCAAGCGUCGGUGUACUCCAAACCCGAUGCCAUACUCUCGCCGAGCUUGUUUCCCAACGUGCCGCCGUACCUGAACUUUACAUCGCAUGCGGACAAGGGUCCACCCAUGCCGGCUGCCCUCCAUCGUGUGCUCAAGUGGAAGCUCAGCCCUGUCAUGCCAAAGAUUGUGAAGCGUGUGGUGCUUAAUUCGGGCUUUCGCAUCAUCAAAAACACCACCGACUGGAUGGCUGUGUGGGAGAAGCACAUGAAGAGUCCGGGUUUUCGCACGAUACGCUCGCAUCAGAAGUACAAUCACAUACCUGGCUCAUUCCGCAUCGGACGCAAGGACACAAUGUGGCGCAGCAUCUAUCAAAACUUAAAAAAGUUUGGCAAAAAGGACUUUGGUUUUAUGCAAAAGUCCUACAUAAUGCCCGAUGAUUUGGAGCAUUUGCGACAGGUGUGGCCCAAGAAUGCCUCAAAGCUGACCAAAUGGAUUGUUAAGCCACCGGCGAGUGCACGCGGCACUGGCAUACGCAUUGUCAACAAAUGGAGUCAGUUCCCCAAAGAUCGUCCGCUGGUAGUGCAAAAAUACAUUGAACGCCCGCUGUUGAUCAAUGACAACAAAUUCGAUAUGCGCAUAUAUGUUGUGCUGACGUCCAUCAAUCCGCUGCGCAUCUACAUGUACAAGGAUGGGCUGGCGCGAUUUGCCUCCGUCAAGUACAGCUCGGAGCUGAGCAACCUCGAUGAGCGCUGCAUGCACCUGACCAACUACAGCAUCAACAAGUUCUCGGAGAACUAUGCCAAGAAUGAGGAUGUAAAUGCCUGCCAGGGGCACAAGUGGACGCUGCAGUCGCUGUGGUCCUGCCUGGAGGGUCGCGGCGUCAACACCAAGCGCUUGUGGGCCACGCUGAGGAAUUUGGUCAUCAAGGGCAUCGUCAGCGGAGAGUCUGGGCUGAAUCGCAUGUACCGGCAGAAUGUGAACUCUCGUUACAAUUGCUUUGAGCUGUUUGGCUUCGAUGUGCUGCUGGAUGAGAAUCUGGUGCCGUGGCUGCUAGAAAUUAACAUUUCGCCGUCGCUGCACUCGGAGCUGCCGCUGGAUCUGCACGUGAAGGGGCCGCUGAUACAGGCCGUGCUUAACACAGCGCUAUAUCAGGUGCCGCCCAAGCUGAACGAACGCCAGCAGCAGGAGAUUCUCGAGGAGCUAAGCCUGAAGGGUCCGCUCUGCCACGACAAGCGCAUCUUCACCACCUGCCUGACGGCCGAGGAGGUGCGCAAGCACAAUCACUACACCAAUCGCAGCAUCGAGUUCCGCGAGGAGUAUGUGGACACCAUUCUGGACAAUCUGCUGCCCGACGAUGUGCGCUGCCUGAUCACUGCCGAGGAUGAGCAGUCCCGCUGCCAGCCACUCGAGCGUAUCUUUCCCACAUCCGGCACGCACAUUUAUUUGCGUUACAUCGAGAACGCGCGCUACUACAACCGCCUGCUGGACGCCUGGGAGACGAAGUACUCCAAGAAUCGGGAACAGGGCAUUGCCUUGCUCUCGCGCUACUGCAAGGACAAGUACCAUCUGCAGGUCUCCGAUGCAGCCAUGGAGAAGGAACCAAAUGUUGCUCUCACCGAGAUCGAUAUGCUGCAUGUGAAAAAGGACGAGGUCCUGGAUGGCGCCACGAAUCUGGCCAGACUUAAUCUCGUGUCUACUGAGGGCAGCGAGUCACUGCCCAUGGCCCGCAGGCCGGAGGCAUGCAUAGAAAUUAAAUCCUGAGACUGAACAGAAGUUUCGGUUUCUGAAUGUCUUUUAUCCAACAGAAAUACGCCUGCAACACGUUCAAAUUCACGUUGAAAUCCUUUCGAAAUAAAGUUACAUUUUUCCGAUCGUCUUUAA